AUGGCCAGCCUGCAACAGGAGUACCCCCUGGUCCUGCUGGGUAUUCUGGAGGAGCUGGCCGCUAUGCGCCACUGGCUCUCCUUCCAGGACCUGUGUCGAAUGGUCAGCACCCGCUUCGACCUGCAGCACCUCACAGAGCUUAGGAGCCUGCUGUUCUCCGCAGCCUGCCGUGACCCAUGUUUCCCCGCCACCCUCUUCAGAGACAGGGUCACCCCCAAGGGACUGGGGACAUCCCCGAUAGGCGUGGCAGCUGACAUCGUCACUAUAUUCAACCUCAUUCAAAUGACGGGUGGGGCUCCCGAUGAGGCCCAGGCUGCUCAGCCAAUAAAAGCCAAGCCCGCUCCUCACAUCGACCAAUCCCCAGAGCCCUCUUUGCAAAGCUCUUUGCCCAUCACUGACGAAGUGAGAUUCUCCAGAUGUGAUAGGGUGCGCACACUUUCAGACUCUCAGACCAUCUCAGGCCCCAUCGACCCAAGCUUGCUCUGGCCCAAAUCAAAUUACUCGUUCCGCAAGCGCGCCAGUCUCCCUCCCGAUCCCCUCUCUCUUGUCUCCUCAUCCCCUCCGAGCCGUGCCAGGGCUGUGUCUUUCGACUGGCGCCACAACACCCCACUGUUCGCUGGCAGCGGCAGCAUCCCAGGCAUGCAGAGCAUCUACCUCCCCCUGGAGACGGACAGCGAGUCCUCCAAAGAUUCCCUGAGCGGAGACUCGGCACCCAGAGAUCCCGGAUCGGAGCCGGGAUCGGAGCCGGGAUCACAGCCGGGAUCGGAGCGGCAUUCCUGCGUGAAGAAGAGAGACAUCUUCAAGAAGGACUUCCACAACCAGUCGCAACUGGUUCCCCAGGUGACCAUCAGUACUGAGUCUCAGACUCCAAGAGGAGGAGUAGGACGAAGAGGGAGGCAGGAACUGUUUUCCAACCGCAGCUUUGAACUGCUAUCCAACCCGUAUCCUUCCCCCACUAUUGGUCGGUCUUCGCCGGAGCGCCGGGCCAAGCAUGAAAGCUUGGACGACCUCCAGGACUCCACAUACUUUGGCCCAGGGGAUACUAUUCAAGAAUGGUCCUCCCUCCACCUCCAACCCCCCAGGGCCCAGAGGCCAGGGUGGGCCGACAAGAGCCUGAGUCUGGACGACAGGGAGGUGGGCUUAGCGGGGGUGGGUUUGGAUGGCUCCGAGGGCUCUCUUCAGGUUAGACUCACUCCCAGCCCCACCACAAACAACGUUGGUGGUGGAUUGUCCCCUCCAAAGGGAUGGGAGGGGAACACCAUUCCCGCACUUGGAGGAGGGGGGUUGACGGCCUGCAGCAGGGGCACCCAGACCGACACCAUGCCGGACCCCCGGCGCCUGCGGAGCCUGGUGCAUGCCGACCGGCUGUCCUUCAUGACCUCGAUGGAUGACCCCGACAUGAUGGGCGAGGAUGACAUCAGCGCCAUCUUCCGCUUCCUGGAUGACAUGAGCAUGUGCGGCUCCACGGGGGUCCUCCACCCCCACGACGUGGGCCCCUCGGCAGCCCAGGACACCCCAGAGGCACGGCGUGGCCGCCUGGGCCAGCUCCAGAAGCUCUUUCACUCCCUGGAUGGUAGCGACGAUGGCGGACUCAAGGCCAGCGUAUGUAAACUCCUCCUGAGAAUGGGCCAGAUCGAGAGACGCCUGGAGUCGCUGUCCGAGGUCAAGGCCGAAAUCUCCCAAGUUCUUUCCUUCCUCCAGCGACUGGAUGAGAAGAUACAAGAGCAGGCCAUUAGAGGGGGAGGAGGGAGUGGAGGUAGGUGGCUGGGACCGCCUAGCGGUGGUGGGUCUUCCCUGGGUAGCCUGAGCCAUCCGCUCACUCCUGGGUCUGGUGGCUCCUCGGAACCCCAGCCCUUGUCUGUGUCUGGGCAUUCGUUUGGCAGCCUGGACUUCAACCAGUGGGGUAGCAGCCAAGGGAAGACAGAGACAAACGGAGGUCUGAGCGAGACCGAAGGGGGGAAGAAGGGGGUGCUCUCUCGGCUGGCCUCCUCCAAGCCCGAGGAGAAAAAUGGCGUAGACUCCAAACGGCCGAGCGUCGUCUCCAACUUGUCUGCGCGGGAUUGGACGGUGUCGUUCUCGAAAAGUAAAGAUGGGAAAGCCCAGCCCGGGAAAAAACGGCAGAUGGACCAAUCAAAGAACUCCGCCCAGAGUCAUAAGCUCCCCCUUCAAAAACACUCCCACCUGGUGGAGCCAGUAUUCAGUUCCUCUCUCUUGCGUCAGAAGGGUGGCGGAUUGACCAAUCCUGGGUUGUCCUCUGGGCUGCCCUGUGACCCCAGAUUGGCUGGGGGGAGAGGAGGAGCCCCGGUCUGGACCGUGGAGGACAGAGAGGCCAGAAUGUCCCCUCUGGAACUGCAGGCCCAGGAGUCUCUAAACCCCAAUAAUCUGGAGUUUUGGAUGGAGGACAUCUACACGCCAGGUUACGACACACUAUUGAGGCGCAAAGAGGCUGACCAGCGCAGAGCCAAAGCCUGCAAGCUGGGGGCGCUCAUCUUCACAGCCGUUACCAUAGUCCUUGUCAUUGUCAUCCCCAUCGCCACAAUGAGCUCCUGAGGCUCUGAUUGGAUAUCAGACAGGAAACCUCCAAACAAAGACUGACAUGAUUGGUAGAUUAGCGAUGAUGAGAUGCAGGGAUUCUGAAGUCUGAAUGCAGUGUUUAUCUGAUAUAUAACCAUUUUUUCAUAUAACGAUGUAGGGGACUAGUAUGCCCUACAUAUACCAUGCUUUGCACCACUUCUCUCAGGAGAGAGUAAUAACAAAAGACAAAGCUAAACUAAUGCAAACUCUUUGUGAAUCCCCAUGUUAUCACAGUCAGUUAUGCCCUUGAGUGCUAUUUUGGCCUUAUCCUUUUGCCCACAAACCCUACAGGGCUCAUUUCUUUCAAGCACAACUGAGAAAAAAAUUCUAAAUUGUAAAAAGCACAGCAUUUGUAUGGGUCUACUGUCUAACUUUGAAUGCCUUUGUUUCUCAUUAAGCAGUAUGGUGCAGUAAGUUAUGUUGAAUAAACCAACUUUGUUGUCAUAGUGGUUUUUAAAGAGUGGGAAAUCUGGGAUUUCUGCUAUUUUUCGCUGGCUAAGGCAAUGUAUUUGUUUCAUGAGAUAUGCCACCCCUGUUUGCAGGGCCGGUCCUUGCUGUUUUGUGCCCUAGGCAAGACCAAAAAAUGCCAUC